UACAUACACCUCUCUAUUAUAUUACACAAAUUCAGUCCCAACAAGUCAACGACGGUCAUGAAAACUUUACGGAAUCUCAAGUCUUGGCUAUAGCAUAGGAUCUCCUGAAGUUCGAAAAUCCGCCCUCUCUUCCCAUUGUUUCCUGUCCUCAAUUCAAAUCUUUUUCCCACUCGAAAUUCUGUUUGGAGCCUCGUCGGUCAUUUGUUUGCGGCCCCUAUCUUUGACCAAUCCAAAGUCGUGAUGCACUUGUGGCUUCUGCAGGUGAGUGUAAUCUUUCCAGGUUUAGCGCGAGGCUCGACAUAGAGGGGUAAGGCUGGCAAGGCUGUCGUCUUUUCUUUUUACCACUAUGCGCCUUCCCAACAUCUCUGAGAAUACCUCGAAGGAGAUCUUUUAUUCUAAUGAUAUAUUGGUAGAAUCACAUACAUUACAUAGAUCUUCGACAUUAUCGAUUUGAUCUCUCAUGCAUAUUGAUUGUUGCUUGCGAACUUACGAUCUUUUGCCCUAACUUAGCUAGGCCCGGAUUCACUAACUACACUACCCUAUUUAUCUUUUCCAUAACUCAAUCACUUUUAACUCCCAUCCAGCCAUCACACCUAUCACUUCACCACCAAGUACGUUCCCAAUCCUUCAAUACUAUUGCGGUGUCUCAUAAUUCUCCCAAGGUAGUUCAAUUGAAGCUCUUGCGCUUGCAAUACCAUUCCAAUUCCUCUUUCGGACCAACCCAUUCGUUGUCAUCGCCUGCGAACUUCAACAUGCCUACCAAGAAGAAAAAUAAUGUCUCUCAUCAGGCAAUUCAGACGAAACUUCCAUAUGCCGUAUCUAAGAGAAAGACGGAUCAAUCUUUCCAAGUUCCUCAAACCAAGCGAGCCAAGAACUAUAUAGAGAUUUCGGAUAGUGACAAUGACGAUGAAGAUUCUCAGGUCGAUGCAGCCAACAGUAGUUUUACUACUGUUGGAAGCGACGACGACGGUAAUGAGUCCGACACAGGCUCAGUUAUUAUAGUUGAUUCGCGACCUCCUGCAUUGACAGCGGAAGUCGUUGCUCAAAGUGUCAAGCUGGAUGAGUUGAUUAGGAAAAUUCCAACUGAGGUACGCUUCAACACUUGAAUUUUUUCUGUCAAGAUCUUCGACCAACUACGCAGUAGCACCGGCGAAGACCUAUGAAAUUCUUUCGUUUGAAUGUCCGAAUCCAAUGUAUUAUCGCUCGGCGACAUCCAUUAUCUCCAUGCUCUUCGGAGUGUCUUGCAGAUUCUCGAUCGAAUGAUCUGUGGUGUUUCUCUGUUGAUUUUAUUCACUAACCACUCAAAUGCAGGUCCACCAGACUAUCGCUAUGUUUCUACCGUCCGAUGCAGACAUCACACGAUAUUCACGAGUCUGUAAGAGGACUUACAGCGCCAUCUCUGACAGUGUCUGGCGUUAUCGAUUCCUAGAGAAAUUUGAUGCUGUACCAAGUUUGUCUCUACCGCUUUUGACAAAAAAGUACAAGUUCAGAUGCGCCACCACGAAACUUUACACCAAGUUCGACUUGAAUGAGUACAGGUACCUGGGCAAUUCGGUUGUCAAACAAAUAGAACAAGCGCAAGAAAAAGUCCUUGAUAUGCUUCAGAAUCUUAUCAUCGGUGUGUCUCCUUGCGAGUCCAUUGGUAGAGUGUGCAUACUAAUUGGAGAACACAGAAUCCGAUGCUCGCAGAGGCUAUGAUGAUAAUGGCGACAAAGUGGUUGUAAGUCGCAAUCUCGACUACAUCCGAAAUUACGUUUCCUUCGUAUCUGGCAUACCUCAUACUGGAGACAUAAUUGAUAUCGUUGAUUCCAUUGCGAAGACCAAGAACAAUUGGAGGUUAAAAGCGGUCUGCUCUGUCGAUGGCGAUGCUGAUGCUAAUACCCGGGUGUUAUUGAUUCAAUUAUGCUUGACAUCAAUAUCUUUGGAUCCAAGAUAUUGCACAAACACAAUAUCUCAUUUCGACUUAUCUCAAGCGGAGGCUUAUGCUUCACCGGCAAGGCAACCCUUAUUUCUUGGGAGAUGGAAAGGCGAUCUCAACGUCCGUUGGUGCUUGCAUGUAGCAAACUUCUUCAAGUUCCACCUCAAGGCUGGAAAAGGUGAAGGGCUUCUUGCUCAUGCCUAUGCCGACCUGCACCAAAGUCAAUUGCCACAGCCAUGGUUGGGUCGAUUGAAGUCAGGUACUCAACAAUUGGGAAGUCAUUGGAAAGGGGCCUAUUGUGAGUGCUGAAGACAAUUUUUCGUGUUGAGGAGUUGAAAAGCUAAUCCGACAUUAGUUUAUAUGGACGGUGACGAAUUGGCAAGAAUAAGAGAGGCUGAAGAAGACACAGAUGACGGCCCCUACUCGGACGAACUAGAUGGUGGGGAAUCUUUUCAGGUAAGCUCACUUGAGAUGUCAGUGAUGCAGGAUGACUAACCGAGGUCUUACAGGACAUCUCGUUAUUGUUUGACGACCAAAAGUUCAGCGAGCGAAAUUGGCCCAAAUCGUGGGAAAGUAUUCUUCGAAGUGACCCAUUUUCUAAUGCCGUUCCUGAGCCCACUCAUCGCCAUGGGUCGAGACGCAACACUCGAUCGAGCCGAUCAGGAAAGGACCACAGAAAGCCCAAAGAGAACCCAAACCCUGGUGUAAAAUACUUUUAUGGUUCUUCGCGUGACUCUGUCUCGGCUGCCCAUCUAUAUGGAGCUGUACAUGGAAUUCCUCCACAGCAUGGGAUCCCUGGCUUUCAGAGAAUCACCAUCAUGAAGUUUUUUCCCGAUAAAAAUGGAGACUACGAUGGAGGACAGACCUGGGGCUACGAAGGUUGUGUUUUGCCUGGUAGUCGUAUCAUUGUUGGUCGAUGGUUUGAUGCAUUAGCUAUGGCUCAUAGGGACGUUAUGUCAGGGCCAUUCAUUUUCUGGAAUGUGGAUGAGAGUGAUGCGCACGAGCCUAUUGAUGGCAAAGAAGCGCUGGAAUUCUUCCGUCUCAUGAAGUUCCAUGGUCAUUGUUAGCUUUUGCUCUCCCAAGCUAGCUUCGCUCCAAUGAAUGACCUACAAGGAUUUCGAAGAAACGACCAAUGUUAGCACCAUAAACUAGAGAUUCAGUUCUUCAAUCUACGACAAUGAUCAGCUCAACGAUACAUACAAAAGAAAUGUGUCAAUAUUAUAAUACCUUCAUUAAAAUAUUAACAUUAACAUCAGCAUCGGCAUCAGUAUCAGCAUCAGCACAGCAUCAAGCAUAUCGUUCAAAUACAUAUCCCGACGCGCAUCAGCCGGCGGCUUUCAUCUCGGACAUGAACUAUUCUCGGCAUCACAACAAUUUCAAUUUCAUUUCAUUUCAACCCACAGUAUCAUUUUGGACCAAAAGUACGAAAAGCACUUUCAACAUACUCUAUGAAGUAUCCUUUCAUUUCCGUCGAGUCUCGGGCAUCGUUUACUCACAAUUUUUUCAAUUCGACUUUAGACAUAUUUACCAACUUUAGCAUUCUUUUCACAUACAUUCUUCGACAUACUUCGAGAGUUUCCUCUCAGACAUAUUUUUCGCGCAAUUUCUUUCCUUGUUCGUUUUCCUAUUGAUGUUUUUCCCUCGCAGGAAGGAGUGGGCGAGUCGAUUGAUAUGCAGGAGGACUUUGAUUUGAGGACUGGGUUAUAGAUGGAUAUAAAUGGAUCUGGUCAUGGAUAUACCCCCAAUUUGGCGUUGGAUCAGGGUGGUAAUCUUCGAAUCUAUGAAACUGCACUUACAUCCGCGUCCCCGUCUGCAUCUGCACUUUCUGGUGGUGGUAGGAGAGCAGAAUUUGAGCUCCAAUGGAAUGCCAGAUCAGGAUCUG